UCCUGGGUGUCCCGUAGCCCCCCUGGGGUGCCUCUGACCUCUUCUGUGCCCCAUAGACUCCCCCUUCCUGGGUGCUCCAUAGCCCCCCCAGGGCCCCCCAAUCCCCUGGAUGUGGACCCAAAUCUCUCCUCCAGUAUCCUGACCCUUUGGGUGUCACAUUGCUUUCCCAGAUGCCCCAUAGCUCCCACAGGGUCUCCUAACCUCCCAUGUGCCUCAUAACCCCCGGAGUACCUCCAACUUUCCCCAUGCUUGCCCCAUAAACCCUCACAUGCCCCACGGUCCCCUCUCCCACAUGCCUCUGACCCCAUCUGGGGUCUCUCUGGGGCUGAGGCUGCUCUUGGGCCCCCUCGGUACCCCCAUGGAGCCAAGCACCGGCUGGGGCCAUACGCAGCCCUGAACCACCACCCCACACACACAUGCACCCAGAACACGCACAAAAGCACAACACAUGCACACAGGCAAACACACACUGCACUCAAAGCAUGCACUGUGCACACAGCAUACAACCACACACCAUACCUGCAACACCAAACAUGCAUGCAACACUUAAGCACGCACACACAACACAAACACUACAUGCACACUCAUACACAAACUAAUAUUUUCUUGGGUUUGGGUGAGAUUUCAUAUGUUUCAGCUUCUGUUCGUCAACCCUGGUCCUGUCAGUGGGCGCCACUAAGAAGAGCGCAACUCCUUUGUCUUCAUUCCUCCCCAUCAGUACACUCAUAAGCUCCACCUGCCUGAGCCUUGUCUUCUCCAGGCUGAACAGUCCCAGGUCUCUCAGCCUUCAUUCUUGCCAGAGAUGCCCCACUCCCUCCAUCAUCAGCAGCCCUUUCUGGACUGUCUCCCGUAUGUCCAUGUCUCUCUUGUACGGGGGAAUCCAUCACUGGAUCCAGCACUCAGCUAGUGCUGAGCAGGGGAGCAGGAUCCCCUCCCUUGACCUGCUGGCAACACUCUGCCUACUGCAGCCCAGCAGGUUGGUGGUCCUCUUUGCUCUGGUGCUGUUACUGAGGGAGCCCUGAUGACUCCGGUGGAAGUGCUGACACCCAGGCGCUGUGUUGCUGCAAAAAGGCAGCCCAAAACGCACUCAGAAAUUGUAGCUGAGGAGGAAAAGAAACGCAGCACGUGGUCUUCCCGAUCCUUUUCAAUUACUCCCUGCCCAAGUUGUCUCUUCCUUGUGUGUCUUGAGUAACUCAGGUGCUCCUUUUCUGGAAUUCAGCAGAAGGGGCUCUUCACAGACUGGUGAGCUCCAGCUCUCAGCCCUGCCCCAGUGAGGAGGGCUCCACUCCCUCUACGCUGGAGAGGAAUUGGGGUAUUUCAAAGACAUUUGGGGCAUUCCUGGCCUGGCAGCUUCCAGCAGAUUCACCUCUCCACCCUGCUCCCUUUUGGCCAUAGGAGGAGCUGGAUGGGCUGACCCUCUCAGGAGGGAAUGCCUGGAGUCUCUGCAAGAGCAAAGAUUUGAUCUCUGCUCUGUGUCUUUCUACCUUGGUUCUUCACAUCCUGGGGGAGGACUCCAGCCUCUCCAUCUGUUCUCUGGCAGCUCAGAUCGUCCUGACAUUGAGAGAGAAAAAUAUCAUGGCUCCGAUUUACCUCAUGAACCUUGCACUACAGGUUCUGAAGAGCAUGGGGGAGGUGGCACCCAUCUUGGGGACACAGCUCUGAGCAGCAGUCCCAGAGCACCGGCUGGGGCCCCAGAGCAGCAAUCCCAGUUCUGGGAUGCCCUGCAUGCUGGGGCUAUCUGAGUGUGCUGGGAAGUCUGGGUUGUUCCUGACAUCUCCCCGUUUCCUGCAGAGCAGCUCCACCCCUCCGGCACAUCCAAUCCCAUUAUUGCGCUGUUGGUUCACCCCUCUGCUGUGUUUUUCGCUAAGAAGCAACUCUGACUUUUCAGCAUAUGUUGGUGUUUGUUCUUUGUGAAGCCUAAAGGGAAACCACCUCAGCCACAAAGGGAUCGGGAUCAUCCUGAGGGUGUUAGGACAUCCACUCUUCCCGGCGGCCAGUGGCAAUGCGGAUCAUACUUUAUCUCUGAGGCAAAGUACCAGUUGAUAUUCUGGCUUCAUAACAAGGAUCAGAAAAGCUGUAGCUGCUCCUGCCACCUCCAAAAGGAGAUGCCAGGGCAAGAACUAGCUCUCUGCAGGGCUUGCAUAUCAUGUGAAAGGGGAGGGAAGGGGGAUGGCAUGCAGCCCGAGACCUUUUUUCCCCUUCACUAUCUACUGUGCGUGAUCCUUGGAGCUGCGUACCUCUUGUCUCAGGAGCUCUGUGGUGAGAUUGAGGAGAACCAGCGUGGGGAUGGUCUCCAGUGCUGUCAGUCCUUGUUCUAAAUGUCCAAAAACCUAAGAGUACAGGUGGAUCUGUCCCCAUCUGGCCUUGGUCUCAACACCAAAAGAGACAAAGGAGUUCCUAAUAGGAUUCUGCCUUGAAAAUAAAUUACCUCUUUUGCCACCACUGGCGCAGGGAAGGGCACAGGGAUGGUCCCUCACCUGCACCAAGUUCAGCUGAUGUGGCUGAGCUCAAGAGUUGCAAGGCCAUACUGCAGGCAAAAAAAAGUCACUUGCAGAAAUUUCACUUAAUUUAAUUUACUGCCAAUUACUAUACCUUUUUAAUUACUGAUCUGGGUAUCGAGAAGCACAGAAGAUACAAAAAAUUACACAAGCACUUAUGGAAAUGCCUUUCCUCCCCCUUCCCCGGCACAACUUCAGCCCUCCUUGAGUGGGGUCCCGGCUGCAAUACUAGACUUCCGCACUGUCCUUAAACUACUGGGAUGCAGCCCUUUACUCAGGGAGACAAAAAGGCCUUUUCCACAAGCGGCAGUGGGCCAUCUACAGGCAGCGGUCAGCAAAUCUGUACUGGCAACAAGCAGCAAAAAAACAGGGUGGGACAGGUGCCUGAAAAUACGGGAAGGAUUUUUGCAUUUUUGUGUUUUAAUAAACCAUUGCAUUUAUUUCUUUAUUCCUUUCUCAUUUAGGUACUUUCAUGUCCUGCCUAUCACAGCCAAAUGUAAAGUCCCGAGGUUUGUGGUUGAUUCUGCCUUAUUAACACCGCAGGGAGACAGAAACUAUCACCUCUGCUUUGUGGACGGGAGCUAAGCGGCUUUCCUAAGGUCGCAGAGAGUCUGAGGCAGGAGGUCAGUCCAGGCUUCCUGAACCCUAUUUUAGUGGCCUCCAUUCCUAUUUAUGUGCAUUUUUCUAGAGAAAAGAUAAACAGUGUCAGUCUGAAUUUUUCUUUAACUGUUUUUUUUUACUUUCAAUGUACACCUUUCACUUUGCAGUGUGUCCUGCAGCAGAUCAGUAUAGGCUGCAUUACCACAGGCAAACAAAAGUAUUCCCCAAACAGCACUAUAGUCCACCAAGAAAGCAACUAUAGGCUUUUUGAAUACUAGCCCGAGGCCAGUACGUGAGUCAUAUCUGCUUGAAUUUCAUGCCCGGAGUUUGCUCUGACAGUGGUCGGCCUGCUCUUCUCACCUGCUGUACUACCAAACAAUUAAUUCCUUACCCAGGAACUGCUGCUUGUUUAGUACAUGGAAAUGAAGCAAAUAAUGCUCUCUCACAUGCUUUGCUAUGGCUCACACGCUCGCUCUAAGACCACGCUUCCACCGCCCGGCGUCUGAUGGUAUAAAAUGAGAGGCAUGAGCAGUGUGUUAAUGUUUCCAAUGCUGCUGUGGAAAUUAAUUUCUGCGUCUUGAAACGCAAUGGCAUUUUUGCAGAACCAUAGCAAGGAAUUGCUUAAGCAGGCACUGCAAAGGCCUUAAAAAAUAUUUACUCAGCAAAGUCAAUACUGGGCUCCAUGGAUUGGGCAGAAUGAGUCCUGUGAAACCAGGCUGUUGCUGCAUGCCAUGCAUGCCAAAAUUGACAUGGAAAAAGCUUCUCUCCGCUGCUAUCGCUUGCUCUUAAAAUAUACCCUGCACAAAUAGAGCAAAAUACAGCUGGCUUCUCUGCAGCAUUUGCUCUAACGAUUUUUUCCAUGGGGUUUUGGUCCCCUACCUUCUUAUAACCAAAUAACCUGUCCAAACAAUGUGGCAAGCUUUUCAACAUCACAAUAUCUUGAAAAGCUCAGUGAAGAGUAGAAGCAUUCACAAAAGUCAGACUUGACAUAUUUUUUAAAAUAAAAAUUUCUUUUUAAAAUGAACACAGUUCUUACUGUAACUUUAGGCACCAAUUUUGCUCUUUUUGUUGAAUAACAGACUAAUCUAAAUAUUUUGAAACAUUCAUCAAAGGGAGGGGAAAACCUUACUUCUUCUCCCCCUUCAAUAUGUUGGGUUUUUUCUUCCAGAAGGAAAUUCCAGGGUAUUCCUCUUUGUACUCACACUGUUCAUAUGCCUAAAAUAAAGCAGAUAUCAACUGAGCUUUUAAAAAAAAUCCACGAGCUUUCCAUUUGAAUUUGUCUGGUUUUUCUUAGCUGUAUCUCGCAAAGAAGAGUCAGGUCUUAUAGACUGAUUUUCUUGGGGGUUUUUGGCUGUUUAGCAUGAAAUACUGCUGGUGGCAUUGUAAGAGCAAUAACAACUGGCUUCAUGUCACUCUAGAGAUGACUCUUCAAAUCACUUUUCAAGUCUGGCCCAAAAGAGGACCUAUUGCUUUCUUACACGGCACAUUUUUGAAUGAAUGCGCAGUUUAAACAGCUUAACUGCAAUUAAUUUCUACCAUCACAAGUAUCUCUGUCCUGCCACAUAUAAAGAGGAGCCGGAGCAGCCCUUGGCUCAGUCCUUUCUCCAGGCAUCAGAGACAGCUGAAGAAACAAGGUGCUCCAUGUGCUGGGCAGACCUGCUUCUACUCCCUGCAGCCCCAUACCGACUGGCAGCUUUCCCCUUCGCUGCUCUCUUCCACCAUCUCUGUGCAACGGGGCACCUCUCUCUGACUGCCCGGUAUAUAUUCCUCCUCGCUGGAGGAUGUCUCCUUGCUGGCACAGCCAUGGGCAGCUACGCCGUGUUGCUCCUCAUCCCUGCUGCUGGCUCCGUGCUCGUCCUCCUCUCUGUCAGCCCAGCUCACGCCCACACCUGGGUCUUCGCCCUCCAGAUGUCCUGGCAGACGCUCUGCCACCUGGGUCUGAGCAGACAGGAGCUGAACCUGCAGGAUGCCAGGCCAGCCAUCACCCUCUCCACCAUCAUGCUGCUCACCCAGAAGGCUACAUCUCUGGGCCUGGACAUCCAUGAAGGGGUCGUGCUGCUCCAGCAGGGCCAGGGGCUUUUGCAGCGUGUGCUGCCCCUCUGCAGCUACCUGCUCUUUUUCCCAGCCCUCCUCGGAGGUCCCCUGUGCUCCUUCAGCAGGUUUCGGGCCCAGGUCGAGUCCUCGGAGGCUCUCCCCUGCCGGCUGAGGGCCGUUGGCCAGCGGUGCCUCUGUGCCCUGGCCCUGCAGGGGCUGCGGGCCGGGCUGGCUGCAGGGCUGGCCGGCAGGCAGGGCUGUGCUGGCCUGGGCUGCCUGCCCUGCCUCUGGGCACAGGCCCUGCUCCUCAGGCUGGCCUACUAUAUGCACUGGGUGCUGGAUGAGGCCCUCCUCGAGGCGGCGGGCUUCGGGCCAGAGGCGGGCCAGGGAGACCUUUCCCUCCAUGAUCUGUGGAUGCUGGAGACCACCCACCGCCUGGCCGUCUUUGCCCGAACCUGGAACAAGAGCACGUCCCGCUGGUUGAGGAGACUUGUCUUCCAGCGCUGCCCGGCCCAGCCGCUCCUGGCCACCUUUGCCUUCUCCGCCUGGUGGCACGGCCUCCGGCCCGGGCAGGUCUUUGGUUUCCUGUGCUGGGCUGUCAUGGUGGAGGCUGACUACCGCAUCCAUCCCUUCCUCAGUGCCCGGGCCACCUCCCAGAGUGUGAAGCUCCUCUACCGUGGCACAACCUGGGUCUUCACACAGCUCAUCGUCGCCUACAUCCUGGUGGCUGUGGAGACCGAGAGCUUCUCCAUGCUCUGCCUGCUCUGGACUUCCUGCAACAGCAUCCUUCCCCUCUCCUACGGCCUCACGCUGAUGCUGCUGCUGCUUGUCAAGAAGCCAAAGCAGAACUGAGCCUCUCCCAGGCUAAUUUGUGCAGCUGGUGGGGCAUGUCCCUGCACACAUGAGCAUGCAGGGUGAGAAGUGCUAUUGGCCAAACAAUCUCAUAUAACAGCACCUCUGGAGAACCAGGUUGGCUUUUAGUCCUGAGAUAUCCCCCAGCUUUGAGGAAUGCUCUGAAGCAGGGAGGCGAGGUCACCAGACCGUUGGGCAGGAGGGCUUCUAGCAGCACUGCCUUCCCAGAGGUCAUCUUGGGGGUUUGGGUCUCAGCCUCAUCUCACAUAGGAAGCACACAACCUCACCACCAAACUCAUCUGUGCUACAAAUGCACCAGUUGGCAACUGUGUCCAGCUCCUGGGAAUCUGCCCUCCAUGGCAAGAGCAGGCACUGUCAGAGAGCUGCCUUGCCACCUUUUUUGUGUGCACGGACCACUGGGAGCCUGGGCACAGGGAAAGGGGCUGGCAGUCUGUCUGGGGGCAGCACAAGGCAAGAAACAUCCCUUUCCCCACCCAGCAGUACUACUGAGAUGCAUGGGCCUGCUGUGCUCCUCCAGCAGUUCCCCCUCAGCACUGUCCCUGUGUCAGGUGGACCCCAAACUGUGUUCCCAAUUAUCCAUCUCUUGCAAUACCCACCCCCCAUCAAGUGGGUGACAUGCUUGGCCCCCAGAGCACAGGGUCAACUGUGUCCCCUGCUACACAGGGAAGAGGGGGAUGAUCCAUCCACUCCACCAUUCUUGCAGAGGAUCCUGGGCAUGGGAGCAAGAAUGCCUGCUAGAAAAAGGAGGGCUACUGCCCAUGGUAUGCUGAGGACAGCACAGGCAAUGGGGAGUAAGCCAGAAAAGUCCUCAGGCUCGGCUGUGACAUUCAGAUGCGGCUUAGGUGUCACAUUCCCCACGAUACACAGGAGAAACCCUAAUGCACUUGUCCAGUUCAUGCCUAGGACCCAAAAGCCUAGGACUGUUCAGGCUGGAGAAGCAGCGUGAACUACCACAGGGGAACGUAUCAGGAAAGCAUCGACCUAAGAGUUUCUGUCUAUAUGAGAGUAAGAAGCCACCCACCAAAUUUCAAAAUAAUAUAGCUGAAAAUGCUGCAAGACUACUCUUGGUCUCUUGUCUGCUGGACAUGCUGCUGCAGGGUCCCAAGACCAACACCAGAACUGGUCUCAAGUGCCCAAACUCAAGGGAAAGCAUUUUGAUCAGGUUAACAUCCCACGCUGUGCAGAUUCUGUGCCAAUACCUGUAUCAGUGUUUGUCACUAAACUGAAACUAAGUACAAAAAAUGGACCCAACCUUGGUUUAUGUGGAUUGGCUGCAUGCUUGGCUACUUCUUGAGUGCCACUAAGUACCCAACGCAGGCCUUGAAAGCCACUUCCCCCGCAUACAACGUUCCCGUUGCCAGCACAGCUUGGAAUUGUCAUGGCUGGGCCCUGUCUCCUUCAGUGCUGUC